CUGUGGGUGGCACCAUUCCCUGGCUGGGAUCCUAAGCUGUGUAAACAAAAUGGGAGCUGAGCAGUGGCCUGCAUUCAUCACUCUCUCUUCCUGUCCUGUAUCUGUGUGGAUACAAUGUAGUCAGCUUCUUCUUCAUCUUCCUGCUGCCUUGACAUUCCCAUCAUGGUGGGUUGUAGAAUAAAUCCUUCCUUCCAUAUGGUGCUAUAUUGUAGCAACAGGAAAAGAAACUAAUAUGACAGAUUAUGUGUAUGUAGAAAAAAAAACAAGGAGUACAUAAAGUUCAUCACUCUUUGUAGAUUGAGGCAUUCACUGGCAGUGUAGGAAUGCACUCUUUGUAGAUGAUGGGGGACGACUGUACUUUUUAAGGUGAUGGAGGCUGUAGUUCUGAGGUUCUGGAUGGUACAGAUGUUAGGACUGAGCUAUGAUGCUGCAGCAGUGGGCCUUGGGGAUGUCGCUGAAAUGCUCAGAGCCUCCCCAUCCAGGGAAAGGGCUUUAGGUACUCAUGUGCCGAGCAGAUGUGAGCAGGCAUUGUACUGCCGCCGACCUCUGGAGUUGUGUUUCAAUGUUGGUUUGGUUGCCGUAUUGCUGUAUUUGGUUUUACUCAGUCCUGUGUUCAUUUUCUCUCAGGCCUACCGCAACAACCAGUACAAGAUUUCUCUACACUGCCCCUUUAAGCUGCUGCUGCUGCUGCUGCUGCAGCUGAGAACUGGGCAUACUUUUCUACAAACUCAAAACACAAGUUUCAAACUGGGAGAGUUGACACAGGAACUUUCCAGCUUUUCUGGAAAGGGCGUGUGUAGUAGUGCACAGUGUAGCACAGAAAUUUGUUGGCAGGGCCCCGAGGAGCACGAGUUCAGGGUCAGUCUAGACCACAUGCUGAGACCAUGUCUCUGAAAAGCAAUCCACAAAACGAGAGAGACAGACAGAUAGAAAGGCGGAUGUGCGCUUUAUUCAGCCACAGUCCUGCUUGUAAUCUUACUGCAUUCCUGCCUUGACCAUUACUGAUUUUGCCCUUUAAGGAGGGGGUCCUAUCCUUUUUGUUAGUCAUGACCAAUUAUUCUCUCCUUUUAUUUUCUUAUUGUUCCUAGGCUGCAUAUAUGAGUUGUUUUUACAGCCAGCAGUAGGUAUUGGAUGCAAUGCAAAGUCACCCAUCUUUGUCUCGCAGAGACAGUGUUGUCUGCCCUCAGGGCUUCUAAAGUUCUUAAUAUUACUUAUCUACCCUGGGGCGGUGGUGGUGCAAGCCUUUAAUCACAGCACCCCAGAGGCAAAGGCAGAAGAAUUUGAGUUCAAAGCCAGCCUGGUCUACAGAGUGAGUUCUAGGACAGCCAGGUCUACACGGAGAAGCCCUAACUCAAAAACAAAUAAACAAACACCAAACAAAAACGUCUUACCUACAAAAGUUUGUUUUCUUUUCUCAAAGUCUCCUUCCCCAUGCUUAAUUCCCACACUCCAGAGUCCUGGGCAAGGACUGGGGAACCGAUAAUUUUCAGCUGACCUUUGAUGGGUCUAGCCUUGUCAUUUCCAAAUGUAAUCUAACAUUCUGCCUCUGGUUGUCUGACUGACCAUCUUCAGCAGUAACCUUGGUGCCUGUCGCCAUGACAGUACUACUUUUGGAUGUUUGCUGACAGACCCUGAGCUCUCUGGGAGUAGUUCUUUUAGUCUUCUUUAUGGGCCAAAGCCUUCUCUGCUUAGGUCCUGGCACAUGCUUGACUGUGGUUGAGGUACAGAGACUUUGGCCAACUUGUGACUUCCGUGAAAUGAUUGCAUUGCAAUAACUCUGCUCCUGACUUACUACCUGGGGAGUUUGUUUUCUCCUCAGCCCUUCUCUUAGGAAAAAGCAUUUUAUCUCCGAGAGAAGACCUACUUUUCAAGGAACAGCACAUUUAACACGGAGCACAUUUCCCAGCACUUCAAAGUGCCUCUGGCUGCCAGGCAGUAGCGUUUGACCGCUCCUUCACCCAUCAGUGUUUUAGAUAUAUUAUGUGUCAGAAAUGUAAUUGCUCCUUAAUGGUGCGUCUCAGCUACCGUCUGAGUCUAGACUUUCUGGCUUACCAUUGAGUAGGCACUGCAGAACCACUGUGGAUGACAUUCACGGGCCACACCCAAGCCACGUGCACUCCAAGAAAAUUGAUGUUUUUAAGUGGGGACGUCAAGGUCUACAAGUGCCACUGGCUGAUCAACUGACCCAGAAUUCCUUGCCCUUGUGGUUCUGGUCCACAAGAUGCCGGUGUUGGCUCGGAGUGGGGUUUUAAGAGAUCCCAGAAGCAGCAUUGGGAGAAGUCUUUUCCGUGCGUGGCCAGAAACAUCUGGUCCUGAAGACACAGCUCAAUCCUCACCUAGACUUAUGACCCGAGGCCUUGCUCCCCUCCUGCCCAUUGAGUUCCACAAGAUGGGCUCCUUCCGCAGUCCCAGACCACGAUUUAUGAGCUCCCCCGUGCUCAGUGAGCUGCCCCGCUUCCAGGCUGCCCAGCAGGCUCUGCAGCUGAGCUCCAACUCUGCCUGGAACAGCGUACAGACAGCUGUGAUCAACGUUUUCAAAGGGGGCGGUUUGCAGAGCAAUGAACUGUAUGCACUGAACGAGAACAUCAGGCGGCUGCUGAAGAGUGAACUUGGAUCCUUCAUUUCAGACUAUUUCCAGAACCAGCUUCUUGCAAAAGGACUGUCCUUUGUGGAGGAGAAGAUCAAGCAGUGUGAAGGUGAUAGUCUCAUUGAGGUUCUGGCUGAAGUCUGGGAUCACUUCUUCACCGAGACUCUCCCCACCCUGCAGGCAAUAUUUUAUCCGGUUCAGGGACAGGAGCUGACCAUCCGCCAGAUCUCCCUGCUGGGCUUCCGGGACCUGGUCUUGCUGAAGGUGAAGCUGGGUGACUCGCUGCUGUUGGCACAGUCCAAGUUACCCUCAUCUGUUAUACAAAUGCUGCUCAUUCUGCAGAGUGUUCACGAGCCCACAGGCCCAAGUGAGGGCUAUUUGCAGCUGGAGGAGCUGGUGAAGCAAGUGGUGUCUCCCUUCCUCGGCAUCAGUGGGGACCGCAGCUGCGCAGGCCCCACGUACUCAUUGGCCAGGAGGCAUUCCAGGGUCCGGCCCAAGGUGACUGUCCUGAACUACGCCUCUCUGAUGACCUCGGUUGGCCGGCCACUGAAUGAGAUGGCCCUGACUCCGCUGACAGAGCAGGAAGGAGAGGCGUACCUGGAGAAGUGCGGCAGUGUGCGGCGGCACACCGUGGCCAAUGCCCACUCAGACAUCCAGCUGCUGGCUAUGGCCACCAUGAUGCACUCAGGGUUAGGAGAGGAGGCUGGCAGUGAGGACAAGCACCUGCUCCUGCCACCCAGCUUCCCGCCACCACACCGCCAGUGCUCCAGUGAACCCAGCAUCCCCGACAGCCCCGAUGAACUGGAACUAGAGGAUGUAGCAAGUGGCAGCCAGGAGGACUCAGAGAUGAACUGUGCUUCCCUCAGCUGAGCUGGCACCUCCGGGGUUUCCCCAUCCCUGCUUUGUGGCCAGGAUGAGGACUGUGUGGCUGUCUCUCCUCCGUGGAUCACCGAGGCGCUCUGGCUUUGAGUGAUAGUGCCUUAUUUCUUAGGGCCCAAGCCGAGUCUCCACGCCCUCAGAAAACACCUGUAAACCUCUCCACUUCGGUGUCUGUGACUAGCUCCUCAUGCCACUGUUCUCCUGACUUCCAGCUCACCUACUUCGUCUGGAGCUUCAUCUCUGGGCCUUUCCUAUCAUAUUGGACUGGCCCAAUGCUCCUAGUAUAUAAUGCUCUGGUGUGGCUAUAGCAGAAGCUCGGACCACACGUGAGCAUCUAGAAUGUGCCAAUCUUGGCAGUUCCCCAAAUGAUCCCAUGAAGCAGAAGCCAAUGGAUAGAAAGAAUAGCAGAAGUUCUGUAUAGCAUGGAAGGUCAACUGUAGCCCAUGUCACACAUGGCCCUGGGAAUGUGUCCUUAUCACUUUGGUUGUAGUGACCUUGAAAGCAUUAUCCUCCUUGUGGGUGAGGAUACAGGUGCACCCUUACUUAUGUCCAGAUGUCAUGUGCUGUCUACACGAAGGGCUUUUUAGCCUAGGAGAAUCUACCAGACUGGCGCAGCCCUGUCUUGCAUUUAGCCUCAGGCUUCCCUCUCAGGCUUUCCCCCCAGACUGCAGGAAUGAACCCUCGCAGUCACUGGUGCCUUACUCCUCUAGUUUCAGGAACUGACCGCUUUCCUGUUGUGCAUUUGAGAGGCUGGCAGACAAAGACUGACCUAGUCUACCUGGAUUUCACUUGAAUUUGUAAAACGUGUAUUGUUCAAAGAAAAAAAGUUCGCAAAUAUUUGCACGUAGGACCUUGCACUGUUCAUUUCCAGAGGAGUGUCUUUGCAGAUGGAACACAAGUGGACCCCUUCAAAAGGAGAUGAGGUAGCUCAGAACACAGGGACCCACAGUGGGCGGGAUUCACAUACCUCAGCGCUGGCUCUGCAGGGGCCUGUGCUCUAAGUGUCUAGGCUUCUAGGGAAGACUGCUGGAAUCAGGAGCCUGUCUCUUAGGCAUAGAAGCCUAGUAACUAGAAUGCAUCCGUGGACAGAGAGAUAGGCACGUGGACACGUUUUAUUUGGAGGAGUGCUUAUUCCCUGGGCUUAUAGAAGUACCCAGAAGUGUCUGGGAUUCCUGUUGUAUCCGUCUUGUGAUGCUGUUUGAGGCAGCAGGCUUUGUUACUGUGCUAGGUCCUGACUAAUAUUCGCUCCAGAUUGGGGAAAGGUAACUUUUUUUGUCUAUGUUGAAUCCCUGGCUUCCUCUUUAUAAUUGUCUUAUGGUCUUGCUAGUAGAAGCUUAGAAAAACAUAGAAACUUUCUCCUGAUCCUUGGUGUGUGCUAACCUCUCAGGAUCUGGAAAUUUUGUUGAUGGCAUCUCAGUGCAUAAGCCACCAAUAGAAGAAGAGGCCAUUCACACUCAUCUAAGUCUUGAUAGUGUCUCCCUUCUGGGCAGAGAUCUGAAAUAUGACCAUAGCUGUGCUUUUGAUGCAUUCUGCUUUGGAAUUUUUUUAAAAAUAUCUUAAUUUUGUCCUUCUAAGAGCAAAUGACAAAAGAGAGAUGUCUGCUUGUCACAGAAUUGUCUAAAUGUCACACACCUGUGCUCAUGCUCUUGCACAUACACGUGCACCCAUACAUGUCCAACAGUGUGUGAACCCAUAUAUGCGUGCACACACAUAUACACACCACACACAUACCAUAUACACAAAGAGAAAUGUUCAAAUUCCUUUGAGGAAAAAACAUGCAAAAACUAAUCUUUCUGUCUGUAGUGUCUAAAGUCUACAGGUGGGAGGCUGAAGAGGUGGGUUGGUGCUCAAGGUCACUUUCUACUCUUGCAGAAGACCAGAAGACGUGGGCCCAGUUCUCAGUACCUACAUCAGGCAGCUCACAACCAUCGCCAACUCCAGUCCCAGGGGAUUGGAUGCCCUCUUCUGUCUCCUGGGGGCGUCUGCAUGCAUACAGUGUGCAUAUAUACACUCAAGACAAACACACGCAUGCCCACACACUUAAAAUAACUUAAAAAAAAACCUCUCCAUAAGUUAAUUACCGUGUGUUCGUGGGCAGAACAUUGUAGUCUGUUUAACUUAACUGAUGGCUGGGUCCUUGUUAGUACACCAAGCACACACUUGAGAUUAAUUAUUGAUCCUGGCAAAGUAAUUAGUCAUGCUUGGGUUUGCUUUUCUCAUUGAUAAAAUGAACAGUGCAUGUUUUAAAUAUGCCUUUUUCCUUAUCUUGGAUGUCUCUGUCAAGGACAGCAGUUGUCAGUAUAAUACAUGAGCUCUUGUAUUGGAAGUGGACAGGCUGUUGAACUCCAUUGCUGCUGACUUUAAACAGUUUACAAGUUUCUCUUUGGACACACCUGGUAUUUGUACAGACAUACCCCAGACUGUACACAGCAACGUUUUACGGCAUUUGUGGGCUUUGGCCAUCAGACCUAUUGCAAGAGUCACCUGUAGAAGCUUUACCCAGGUUUUCUCCCUCUGGUGCCAGGGAGAUUUCAUCUUGCUAUCUAUGCCAAGGGUUCCCCUAGGUUGAAGUUUGGUAACCGUAUAAUCCCAACUCUGGGCUCUGACUGAACUCACAAACUGAACUCCUUUCUUAUUGUGUGUUUCCAAAAUAGAUACAAUAAAUGUUUUGUUUGUCAUGUG